GCGACCCUCUCUCCUCCCACCGUCAUAGAUCGACAGACGUAUCUCGAUACGACCUUGCAUCCGUCGCCCGGCCAGCAAAAGCACGCAACAAAAUGCCGACCCCCGAGUCCGCGGCUUUCCUGGCCAAGAAGCCGACCGUUGCCCCGACCUUUGACGGCGUGGACUACGAUGACAACAAGGCGCUGAAGCAGGCCCAAGACGCCGUCAUCAGGGAGCAGUGGGUGCAGGUCAUGAUGGGCCGGCUAGUCAGGGAGGAGCUGAGCAAGUGUUACUACCGGGAGGGCGUCAACCAUCUGGAGAAGUGCGGUCCGCUGCGAGAGAAAUAUCUACAACUGCUCGAGAAGGCCAAGGUCAGGGGCUACCUCUUCGAGCAACAAAACUUCAUCGGGAAGAAGCAAUGAGUUUUCCAAGUGUUUGGAACAUAUGGAGAGUUGCACCACUGAAUUCGUGCCAUGUUCGGCGGCGCGAGUGUCUGGGUAGAGAGGGAUAAAACUCAGGGAGACAAUAGGCCGAUAGCAUUAUGACGGGUAUCGACAGAAUCACGUCUCCGAAUCCGUAUACCAACAAGAUGAAUUAACAAAACCACAGUGA